AUGUCAACUAAACUUUUGAUCAUUAGUAGUUCUCGAAUUCUUUUCCCAGACUCGAUUGAAACUACACCUGGUACAAUUGAAAUCGAUAAAAUUACAGGAAAAAUCAUAAAAGUUCAUUCUUUUAAAGCAUCAAUUAACGAUUAUAAUGAUCAGAAUCAAUUUUUUGACGUUGGAAAUAACGUUAUCAUGCCUGGUGUAAUUGACGCCCAUGUACAUUUAAAUGAACCUGGCAGAACUGAUUGGGAGGGAUUUGAAAGCGGAACUAAAGCUGCAGCAGCUGGUGGUGUAACAACUGUGAUUGAUAUGCCAUUGAAUUCAAUCCCUCCUACUACGAAUGUUCAUAAUUUACAAGAAAAGAUUCGUGCUGCACAAGGAAAAUGUUGGGUGGAUGUCGGAUUUUUUGGCGGUAUAAUACCAGAAAAUGAGAAUGAUCUAGUUCCGUUAGUAAAGGAAGGUGUAAAAGGAUUUAAAUGUUUUUUGAUCGAUAGUGGGGUUGAAGAAUUUCCUCGUGUAAACGAACAAGACGUUCGAAAAGCAUUCGAAAAAUUGCAGGGGCAAAAUUCAUUUGUCAUGUUUCAUGCAGAAAUGGAAGGAAACAAUACUAAUAUUCACCAAACAGAAUUAAAAGAAUAUUAUGAACAAAUUCCACCUAAAAAUUAUGAAAAAUUUUUAUUGAGUAGGCCACAAUCACUUGAAGUAAAUGCUAUAUCAUUAGUAAUAGAUCUUGCCAAGCAAUAUAAAAAUAUAAGAACUCAUAUUGUACAUUUAUCAGCUUCAGAUGCUAUACCAUUAAUUAAACAAGCUAAAUCUGAUGGGAAUAAUUUAACAGUGGAAACUUGCUUUCAUUAUUUAUGUUUAACUGCUGAGGAAAUACCUAAUGGAGGAACAGAAUUUAAAUGCUGCCCUCCUAUUCGCGAAAAAAGUAAUCGGGAGAAACUUUGGCAGGCGUUGUUGGAUGGAACUAUUGAUUAUGUAGUAUCAGAUCAUUCACCGUGUACAGCCGAAUUAAAGAGAUUUAAUGAUAAAGAGGAAGAAAGAGAUUUCAUAAAAGCUUGGGGUGGCAUUUCAACAUUACAAUUUGGGUUGCCGUUAUUAUGGACUGAGGCAAAAAACAGAGGUGUCAGUUUAAACCAAUUAACCACUUGGUUAUCAAAGAAUACUUCAAAGCAAGUUGGAUUACAGGAUCAAAAAGGUGAAAUUAAAGUUGGGUUUGAUGCCGAUUUGGUAAUUUGGAAUCCCGAAGAAAAAUUUGAAGUUACAAAUGAUAUCAUUCAUUUUAAAAAUAAAGUAACUCCAUAUCUUGGUAGACAAAUUUUUGGUGUUGUACAUAAAACUAUUGUUAGGGGGAAAAUUGUAUAUGACAAAAACGAUGGUGGACUUGUUAAUAUUCCUUAUGGCGAAUUUUUGAUUUAA